CAUUUCUUUCCAUUGUCCAUCCUCUCACUCUCUCUUCAUUGUAGCUUGCAACUUCUAACAAAGUUGUUACUUGCUAUUAGACAAGUAUAUCAUAUAUUAUAAUUAUAUACUAUAUACUAUAAUAUACAAUUCUUCCCUUUAUCACACAUAAUUAAAUAAAUAAUAACUUUGGUGACAGUAUCUUAAAUUUUUCAUCACUUCUGGGCUCUAUUCAUCCAACUUCAUGCAUGGUUUUUCAUUUCAAGGAGGAAGCUUUUCCUUUAACUCUUACUUUAUCUGGUUUUUGAUUUCAUUUUCUGCCACCCUUUAGCUUCAAAGGAGUUGAAAAAAUGGGUGAAAGUGCUUUCUUCUGUUUGUAGAAUUUGGCAGAGAAAGAUAAUACUUUUGAGUUUGUUCUUUUAUAAUGCCAGUUCCACUUGCCCCCUACCCAACUCCACCACCAGCUCCAUAUACACCACCUCCAACAAAUGGUGGACAGAGUCAACUUGUGUGUUCUGGUUGUAGAAACCUUUUAAUGUAUCCAGUUGGAGCUACUUCUGUAUGCUGUGCUGUUUGCAAUGCUGUCACAGCAGUGCCUCCUCCUGGCACAGAAAUGGCUCAGUUAGUUUGUGGAGGAUGCCAUACUUUACUCAUGUACAUCCGCGGAGCGACAAGCGUUCAAUGCUCUUGUUGUCACACAGUCAAUCUAGCUUUGGAAGCAAAUCAGGUUGCACAUGUCAAUUGUGGUAACUGCAGGAUGCUACUUAUGUACCAAUAUGGAGCAAGAUCCGUGAAGUGUGCAGUUUGCAAUUUUGUUACCUCAGUUGGGGCCUCAGCAAGCACAACUGAGCAGCAGAAGUUCAGCACCUAAUUAAUCAUAUCAUAUACUAUAAUAGCAAGGUCAUUACAGACUCUACAAACCUUGGUUUUUGCUAUUUACAUAUCCACCUUAAGGAAUAAUAAAGAGUGCAAAUCAGUGAAAACUUUCUUCACAUGUAUAGAGUUAUUUUUCCCUUGCGUGAUGGUGAUUGUAUUAAAUAUUUUUGUUAGUAUAUUGGUGUAUGAAUUAAUAACUAUUUGUUAUAAGAUUCUUGAUUCUGAGUGCUAUCAAAAAUUCACAUCUUUGGAUAA